AUGGUACACCUUGUGGCUGUACCAGAGACAAUCACGGCAAGUGGCUGUGCUUGUGUCUUUAUUGACACCAUCUUCCGACUUCAUGGGUUGCCCCGUGAACUCGUGUCAGACAGAGAUCCACGAUUCACUGCUGAUUUCUGGCGUUCCGUGUUCAAAUCACUCGGAACGCGCUUGAAGAUGUCAACAUCUGAUCAUCCAGAGUCAGAUGGUCAGACGGAACGUGCCAAUCGUGUCCUCGAAGAGAUACUUCGAGGAUACGUACACUCCUUUAAGAGUUGGAGCGAGUUCUUGCCAAUGGUAGAGUUUGCCAUUAAUAACUCGGUGCAUGCGUCCACGACACAUACACCGUUUUACGUGAAUGACUUGCGCCAUCUGCGUGUACCCACCUUACUAGAGUGUAUCUCUGGUUUAAGGGGGGGAGGGACUCGCGCGAGCAAAAACCGAUUUGGUUCACGCUCAUCACGCUCUGACGAAGAAGUCAUUGCGUUUGAUGCCGAUAUCGAUAACAUCGAUAUCGAAGAAGAUGAUGCCAUUGAGAUUGCGGAAGCCCUCACUGAAGAAAAGGUUGAUGUUGCUGCAGUGCACUCACAGCGCACUGAAGCUAACGAGUCACCAGAUGAGUUCAUACUGGCUCGUGAAACGGUAGUCCGUUUUGUGCAAGACUCCAUCGCCGAAGCGGUGGAUAAGCAAAAAUAA